AUGGAUGUGUCUGUGGAUCUCAACGAUACCCUGGUGGAGGGUGAAGGACAGAGGGCAACCUCUCUCCAGGACAAGUCUGAUGGGCUGACGGCCCAGCCGCACAACGAGGAGCUGAGCAAGCUAUUGAAAAAGCUAGGAUACCCCGAUGUUGGUGAGGGCAUCAAGCCCUCGAGCCUCCUAGCAAAGGCCAUUUCGGCCUGCCAGAAAAGACUGGGCAAGCUCAAGGAGAUUAUGCCGAACCCCCCGAAGGCCCCCGAAGCCGAUGCCACACCGUCUACCGAGUCUAAAGAAUCUAAAGAAGCUGCUAUUCAAGAAAGGUUGUUUCACAAGCUCAUGAAGAUGUACACGACGAUUGAUGAGGCUUGCGACGAGCUUCUGCAAUUCCAGACGGAUGGUAU